AUGGCGCCGCAUUUAGAGGAAAACGUCCUCGAGCCUAACAGGCAGUCUGGCUGUUAUCUUGCUCAGCUUCGGCUACAAGGAAAAAAAGUAACGUGCGGUGAAGCAGUGCAUCUUAAAUUCCCAGGUAUCAGUAUCUUAGAAACCAAGGUUCGUUCCAGAUACAUUAAUUCCUCACUCUCUGUCGUGGACGACAUGGGACCAAGCUUUAAGAUAACAGCUGGCACGCAUGGGCCCCUCAAGACACGGGAGGCACGAAAUGGCUCAGGUGAUUUCUGGAGAAAUAUAUUGCUUUCACCAUAUUCCAAUAUUAAUGUCAUUUGGCAACCUACUUCCCGGCCGCAGUCGGCGUUCCCAGUGCCCUCCGACGCAGCCAGGAUGGGGCCGUGGCUGCUGAGGCCCUGGCUCUUGGCGGUCUUCCUCGUCUCGGCGGUUGCAGGCGCGAGGGAAUCCAUGAGUCAGUUUGUGAAGAUAAAUACCGGCAAAGCUGAUGGCGACGGAGGGAUAUCUAAGUCAGUUGGAGCGAUGGUAGCAGAAGCCCUGCUUGAGUGGGCGCGCGGAUGCCAUCUUGUCUUAAUACAGGCAGCAGAGUCACAGAUAUCGGGCCACGUCAUCCGGCUUUGGGGCGGCGCUGUCGUGGUGGACGUCCGGACAAGAGUGUUCUUUCCUCGCGGCCAAGAUGACGUCAGGCGCAAUCUGUGGGGAGAAGCGGCCUUCCCUUGCCGGUCCCUCUUGCUCGAUCUGACAGGAAAUGCGACUCUGAUUUUUAGAUUCCUCGAGACGUCCGGAGUGUCUCUGUACCCGGAGAUGCGAACGGUGCUGGUGGGGGCUCAGCACCAGAUGGAAGGCGCGCUCAAACACCCAAGCCUUCGGAACGCAAUCCACGCAGUCUACCUCGCCCUCAAAGAUGGCGUGAGAAAGGACGUGGUUGUUUAUCAGCGGUGUCUUUAUUGCGAUCGCGGUGAGAUGGGGGUCCAGCUGCUUGACCAAUGGCAACUUAAUUCGGGUCCAAUGCGAUUCCCGAGUCCCUUUUCUGAAGAAAUUGGCGACUUCAUGGGUCACAAUUUUCGCAUUGUUGCAAGGUUUUACUUCCCGACUAUCGACUACACGCGAGACACGGACGAGGGCGGAACUACAGUCACGCUACGUGAUUCUCUCAAUGCUCGCAUGCUCGUGGACAUUGCCGCCAAGCUCAAUUUCACAUACGUUAUCCGAGAACCAAAGGACGGGGAGUGGGGACAGCUACUUGAAGGAGGAAACUGGACAGGUUUAGUAGGCACCCUUCAGCAGGAAGAGGCUGACUUCUCAACGACGAUCACCCCCACAGCCCCCAGACUGCUGGCGAUGGAACAGGCCAGGAUUUACACGCGGGAUCCCUUCGUCAUCACGUCUAUGAAGCCCCGCCGGCUGCCGCAUUUCUUGGCUCUUGUGACCCCUUUCACAGGCACAGUCUGGUUAAUCUUGGCAAUAUCUGUUUUCACGACGGGAGUGUCUCUCUUCGUCUUACUGCGGGCGUGGUCAAAGCUGUCAGGCGAAUCCGUCUUCAGUCUGAGUACCGCGCUCUUCUUCACGUGGGGGACGGUGUUGGAAGACCCGCCCACCGCCCCGCCCCGGAGCUCAACGGGCAGGGUAUAAAAUGGCAAAAAGAAAAUAAAAAACACCACACGAAAUAGGUUUUAGUAUUUAAUAAACUUAUUAUUGUAGAGGGUUUGUUUUUAUUCUGUCAGUCCGAUAGAGUGCUUC